GUUAUACAUUUACAAAUAGUUUAAUAAUUUUAAUGUAACUUUAUUCCCGGAAAACAUGCGGUUUUCUUUAGUAUUAAGGGUUAUUAACAAGGAUCAAAUCGACAAUUUAAAAAUGGUUGUAGACAAGGUGAAAUCCGAAGCACCGCAGUAUUUAUCGAAAAUUAAGCAAGAGCAGCAGAAAAUCGUGUACGAUAAACUCAACCACUUGAAUAAAUGGUACACUAAAAUUAUCGGUCUAGAUGAAGUAAAAGUAUACCAAGAGCGAGUCACGGGGUUGCAAGAACAACUUCUACAAGCCCAAGCUAAACGCAGAGAAGUAAACAAGCAUUUAACCGAGAUCAGACAAAAAUCACAAGAAAUACAAAGCCAAAUCCAACAUGUAGAUCGAAAAGAAAAGUUCGAUGUGUAUUGUCAACUUAUUAAUGAUGAACGAUCGGUAUUAAACAUGGAACGGUCUGCAUCGAAUACAUUCCAAGAGUACGAUCAACUCGAGAGAGAGCUUUUUACCGCAUUUACAAAUGCCAUUCGAGAUUCGCAAGAAAAACAACGAGCCCAGUUAGAAUAUAGCAAGUACAUUGGCGUGACAUUAAGUCUUUUAGGAUCAUUCCUAGCAUUUGUUUACACGUUUUUUUGGAAACACGAUUUAAAGAAAUACAUUCACCAAGAAAUAUCGUCCCUGCAACCAGCCUCUACUGCUACUGUAAAUAUUAGAAAAGAGGUUGAACCGAUGCUGAAUGCUCUUAGAAAAGAGAUUAUUUUGAACAUCAAAAAACCUGCUGUGAUUAAAUAUGAGUUACCAACUAAUGAGCAAUUAAACUCAAACGUUUGGAUGUAUGCUAUAGGCGGAGCGGCAACUUGUGCUUUAUUAGGAAUUUUAAUAAAAAGUUUUUAAGAUUA